AUGUCUAACUUCGAGGCAAUCAAGCUUUAUGAAGCUGUUAUUGAAGAAGUAAUUGCGGAUUCUCGACAAGACUUCGAAGAUUCUGGUAUUGAUGAAAGCACACUUCAGGAUUUAAAAAAGCUUUGGCGGGAGAAGCUAAGUCAAACCCGAGUUGGAAAUUUCUCCUGGAAUGAAUUCAGCGAACUUGAUGAUGGCAUACAAUCCUCUCUUAUAUCAAACCAAGUGAAGGAGGAGCCCCUCUCUGUAGCUCAAGAUAUCGAAAUGCCACAUAUGCCACAUUUUGACCCUUCUCAAAGCAAUACGAACAACGAGCUUUCGCAUCCUACUAGCUCGAACUACACAAUGGGAAUAGAACUACCUACAGUCAAGCAAGAAUACACCGAAGAAAAUGGCCUUAUUCUACCCAAAGUAAAUCAGGCUGACGGUCCCAUCGAGUUUACCAUGCAUGUAAAUCAUAAUGCGUUGCAAUCAUUCAAAGGUAAGCUCAAUGGACAAGUGGAUGGUCCGAAUGGGGAGCUAAACGAUGAUACUGCCGAUGCCGAUGAGGGUAUAUUUAAUGACUCUGACGAUAUCAAUUCAGAUUUAGACGACGAGCUCGAUUCCGAAAGAUCUGAUGAGGAUGACAAUGAACAAGAAGGUCAAAUAAUGCUAUGCUUGUACGACAAAGUGCAAAGGGUAAAGAAUAAAUGGAAAUGUAAUUUGAAGGAGGGUAUCGCAAAUAUUGAGGGUAGAGAUUUUAUCUUUCAAAGGGCUACUGGUGAAAGUGAGUGGUGA